CCCCCAAAUCUGUGCCUUUUAAUAGCCAGAAACACAAGGAAUUCAAUGACAUUAAACCAUCAGGAAAAAAUACCCCUGAAGUAGAAACACUUUUAAGCCAGAAAAAUGUCAUUACAAGGGAGGAAAUGGAGAAAUUAAAUUCAGAGUGCACACUCCAGGUGCUACCAGAUGAAGCCACAUUUCCACUGAAACCACCCAAAAAGUCCACUCUGCAGUUGGCAGGAAAUGAGCUAUCAAAGGAAAAUGUGGAAAAGAAUAUGGAAUGGUUUGUUACUCCAGUGAAUAAAGAGGAAAAGGAUUACUCAGGUCAAGAGAUUCAAGAACCAUCCAUAGUGAAAACAAGAGUUUUGUCUAUAGACUACAAAGACACUUUGAAUGACAGUUUACAGAAGCUGCUUUCAGAAGCUUCAUUACCAGCAGUCCAGCCUUCUGGUGGAAAAGUUCACCAAAAACAAAUACGCAAACCAGGUGUUUCUGAAAAUAGGACAUGGCCUUCUAAAACAGAUUUUACUGAUACUGAGGAAGACACCAUAGGACCUAAGGAGAUCACUGAUGAGCAUGUAGACAAGACAGUAGCACCUCCAAAGGCCCAACAGGACACUUUGGCUGCUAGUCUAGACAGACUCCUGAAGGAAGCAACUGAAAGUUCACAGUCUCCCUUACAACCCAAGUUGGAACCUGUUUUCACUAGAACCAACUCCCAGCCUAAAGAGGGUAGAUUAUUUGAAAAAGAGGUAAAACAGAAUCACAACACUUCAAUCCAUCAGAGAGAGAAAAUAAUUCCUUUUCCAGAGGGGGACAAUACUUUGGGAAAUACAGCUCUCACCCAGAAAGCUGAAAGUGGUGAGUGCCAGCUCAACACAGAGAACUUACUUCAUGCGUCUGCAGAAGGUUCUCCUCUGCUGGAGCAGGCUCCCCAUCAUCACAGAAAGGGUUCUUUUGAGGAUGUGGUCAACCUUCCACAAGAUACACCUUUUUAUCGGGAUGCUCAUCUUGCUCCCCAGGAUAGGGCAUUGCCUUCUCAAAGGGAAAUUUCAGAGACUGUAGAGAAAGUAAUUCUUCCAUCCAAGCUUGCCUUGAAUGAUGUAAAUGCUGUACUACAGAGAUUAUUUAGAGAAGCUUGGCUGAAUUCUCCAUCUGAGAGAGAAGUAGGUCCUGGAGAAGUGAAGGCAGAAUUUCCUGAAGGAGUCCAGACAGCAGGUAGUCCCCCAAAUCCUCUGGGAAUGACCCCACCUUGGGCUACAGUGGACACCAUUGUUCCAGAGAGGAAGGAUUUUUAUUCCCUCCAUGUAGUUCCUGAUAAAGGUCGUAAGGCUGGAUCUUGUGUAGCUGCCCAGAUGUCACCAGCAGAACAGUUCAUUAGCUCAUCUGUUUCCACUGUGGUUCAGUAUGACAAAGAGCUACCUGAGGAAAUAGCAGAAAUUGUGAGGGAAACAGUAAUUGAACCCAAAUCAGAGUGCCUUAAAUUCAGUGCCAGCAUAGAAAACUACUGAAGGAAACACUAGAAACCUUCCCCUCAACAUUUGAAAAGGAUACAGGGACUCUUUCUUCAUCAGAGUCAACAGGUAGUGCUAAGAUAUGCAGGCAUGCUGCUUCUGAACUCCAUCCCAGUGUAGAAGAAACAGUAGAACAGGCUGAGGCUCCAACAGUAAUUGAGAGUGCUUUCCAUACUGGGUUUGAGAAUCUGCUUAAAGAAAUACCUGAGGCUCCUUCUAAUAGGUUCCAGGUGUCAGCGAAGGAAGAAGUUC